UUGAGUCCACAGGAGCCAUGGCGAAGUUGGGAGGCUUCUCUGGGAGGCUGCUGCGGCGCUGUCUGGGGUCUCAGCCAGGGUCUCCGUGCCCCGAUCUAGCUUGCCGAAACGCAUCCAGCGCCGCGGAGGCAGCUUCGGCCUCCCGGCAUGAGGAGCGGCUGAAGCGGCCGGAAGAGUUGCCCGGGCCGGGGGUCCUGGGAUCCAUGUAUUGGCUCUUCGUGAGGGGCUAUUUGCUGCACACGCACCGCCUGCAGGUCAUUUCCAGGAAGAAGUAUGGCCCCAUUUGGAAAUCUUGGUUUGGCCCUCAUGUUAACAUUAAUAUCGGCAGUCCUGAAGUCCUCGAGCAGCUGUUGCGUCAGGAGGGGAAGUAUCCCAUCCGAAGUGACAUGGCCCUAUGGAAGGAGCACCGGGACGUACGGCACUUGCCCUAUGGCCCCUUCACUGAGGAUGGAGAGCGGUGGUACCGCCUGCGGCAGGUGCUGAACAAGAGGAUGCUCAAACCUACAGAGGCCAUUUUGUAUGCAGAUGUUAUCAAUGAGGUGGUGUCAGACCUGAUGGUGUUUCUGGAGGAUGAGAGAAAAAAGAGUCCCUCGGGGAUAGUGGUGCAAGAUAUGGCCAGUGUAUUGUACCGAUUUGCCUUGGAAGGCAUCUCCUACAUCCUCUUUGAGACCCGCAUUGGCUGUUUGGAAAAGCAGAUCCCUGCUGAAACACAGAACUUUAUCCAUGCAAUCGGGUACAUGCUGAAGAACUCCAUCUUUGUUACUAUCCUGCCCAAGUGGACUCGGGAUGUGCUGCCUUUCUGGAACCGCUAUCUGCAGGGCUGGGACACAAUCUUUGCCUUUGGGAAAAAGCUGAUUGAUCAGAAGAUGUUGGAGGUUGAGAAGUCUCUGGAGAAGGGUGAGGUUGUCUCAGGCUACCUAACUUACCUACUGUCCAGUGGGCGGAUUAGUCAUGAAGAGAUAUAUGGCAGCAUAGCUGAGCUACUCCUGGCUGGCGUAGAUACGACAUCAAAUACCCUUUCAUGGGCCAUGUAUCACCUGGCCAGAGACAUGGAGGUCCAGGAAGCCUUAUACCAGGAGUUGAUCAGUGUGGUACCCAAAGAUCAGAUCCCUGAGGCCAAGGACCUCACCAGGAUGCCGCUGCUUAAGGCAGUGAUCAAGGAGACUCUUAGGCUUUACCCUGUGGUCCCUACCAAUGCCCGGGUCAUCGCAGAAGACGAUGUUGUUGUCGGAGGAUACAAGUUUCCAAGGGAUACCCUCUUUGUUUUGGCCCAUUACGCUCUCUCACAUGACGAGUCCAGCUUCCCAGAACCAGAGCGCUUCCUGCCACGUCGCUGGCUGCGAGAUCAGAGGGACUUGCCUCCCCACCCCUUCAGCUCCAUCCCCUUUGGCUAUGGGGUGCGUGCCUGUCUGGGGCGCCGCAUUGCUGAACUUGAGAUGCAUUUGGCUCUUGCCAGGCUUAUCCGGAUAUUCUUAAUCAGACCAGGUCCACAAUGCACAGAUGUGAAGCCCCUCUCUCGGAUUGUGCUUGUCCCUGACAGGCCCAUUGACCUGGAGCUUCUUGACAGACGGACAAAGCCUUAAGGCAGUGGGGGGGGUCACAAGCCCACAGACUGGAUCAGGCCCUCCAAGACUAUUUGCAGCGGUCCAUCUGCCCCACCUUCCUCCCCGUUGCAAUGCUGGGCUGAAGAGGAGAGGUUCAAAGCUCUCCACCAAGCCCAGGACGUCUCGUUUCUCUUCUGUGUUUAUGCGAGUGAGAGUGCGUGCUGUGUAUUAAGUUUGUAUACAUGUGGGGUGAGUCUCUGUUUGGUGGCCAUUUUGGCUCUGAUGGCUGCUAGAACGUGGCUCACAAAGGGUUGGCCGACUCUGAAUGUAGCCCUCAGACCAAAACACUGGGUAGCCCCUGCUUUAAGCAAACCUUGGUCAGCACUCCUGAACUUCGUCUGGAUAGACUGUGAAGACUGAGCACUUAAGAUCAACCUUGUUUGUGCCUUGGCGGAUCAGCUGGUGGAUCUCCUUGUACCCAAAUCACCUCUGAUACCAUUUACUGGUAUCAGAUUGCUCUGCAAUCUUCUCCUGUGAAUCCUUGCAAAGCUUUGCACCGUAUUCUGUGCCUGAUUGAUUCUUGCAGUGGAUCUGUGGG